UUUUUCAUUUUCAAUGUAUAAAUUCAUUUGAGCAAAUCAAUGGAAAUUUAAAAGAAAAAGGAGAGGAGAGAUCAAAAUUCAAAGGAAAAAGGCACAAAAGAAAGUUCCAGAUCAAGGGAUUAUCAGGAUUUUGGACAGUGCCCUACUGCCCUCCUUUUGUUGUUGUUGCAGAGGAGGCGUAAGAAUAGAGGAACCGCAGGCUUUCGUUUGAUUAAAUUGUAAGCAUUUCCGUUUCUGUCAGUAGUUUUGAGAGUGGAAUUAGAGAGAGAGAGAAAUGGAGAGGAACACUCCUGUUAGGAAGCCACAUACUUCUACAGCAGAUCUGCUCACUUGGUCUGAGACUCCUCCGCCGGACUCAGCCGCCCGCCCCGCCCGCCCUUUCCAGCCGUCGGAUGGGAUAAAAAAAGUGGUAUUUGGAGGUCAAGUGACUGACGAAGAAUUUGAAAGCUUAAACAAACGGAAACCUCCCUCUGGAUACAAAAUGAAGGAGAUGACUGGUAGUGGUAUUUUUGCAGCCAACGGAGAAAAUGACGAGGCCGAAACAGGUAGUGCCAAUCCUGAUUCAAACCCCAAAACAGGACUAAGAAUGUACCAGAAAGCGCUAGCUGGAAUUAGUCACAUUUCGUUUGAUGAGGAAGAGAGUAUCUCCCCAAGAAAGCCAACUACUCUUCCCGAAGUUGCAAAGCAACGUGAGCUGAGUGGAACGUUAGAAAGUGAGGAUUCAAAGUUGAAGCAGCAGGUUUCAGAUGCAAAGUGCAGGGAGCUUAGUGGACACGACAUCUUUGCUCCCCCAUCUGAAAUCUUACCGAGGCCAACAACUGUACGUGCAUUGGCAUUGAAGGACAAUUUUGACAUGGGAGAAUCUCAUACUAGCAAUGCUGCUGGAGGUGGCGUUGAGGAUGCUGUGGUUAAGACAGCUAAGAAAAUUCACAAUCAGAAAUUCGCUGAGCUUUCAGGUAAUGACAUAUUUAAGGGUGAUGUUCCGCCAGGUUCUGCCGAGAAACCACUUAGUACAGCAAAAUUGCGGGAGAUAAGUGGCAGCAACAUAUUUGCAGACGGGAAGCUCGAGUCUCGAGACUACCUUGGUGGUGUACGCAAACCCCCUGGCGGCGAAAGCAGCAUUGCUUUGGUUUAAUAUCUUAGGUCUAACAUGUGAGUUUGCUCUGUUUUCCGGGUGUUUUUCGGUUCUCUCUUCAAUGGAGGUGUGAUUAUAUUAUUUGACCUUUUUCAUUGUGGGGUUUUGGGAAUUAUGUUUUAGGAUUUAACAUGUCAAAUGAGCUAUGGACCAUUGCUAAUUGCAUGGUUAGUCCAUGGCCUUGUGUUUUAUCAAUUCCGUAUUAGUGAAGGUCUUUGGCUGUUUCAGAUUUAAUUUUAUUGCUUAUUUUGGUACAUUGAUUGUAAUUGUUCGGUUAGUGUGAGUUCUUAAUUGACCUCCUU